AUGAGUACAAGAUCGUCAGCUCCUGACGCAAUGUCAUCAGCAACACCAGAAAGUUCGCUUGGUCGAGAUGCACAGCAUAUUGCUUGUACUUCGUCUCCAUCGACUUCUCACCCACCUCAAGCAAGUGCUUCACCAGCACGGAAAGCUGGUUUAAUCUCAAGACUCUUCGGAUCUUCAAGAGAAAAGGAUUCACCACGAUUGCACGAUUCGCUGAUUUCUAAUGAAGGAUCCAUUACACAAAGUGCUUGGAUUGGAAUCAGUAGAAGCAGCCCCAUGAAGACUCGCAUCAAAACUUUGAUGCAAUUACAAGAUGUUGUGAGAAAUCGCACACUGGAAGUUUCUACGCUAGAAGGUAUCUGGCAUGAUUGUAAUGACAUGUUGAGUGAUCCAGAUGCCAAGAUACCGACACUGAAGGUGCUCGCACAAAUGACCGAAACGCAACACAGUCAGCUUGGACUUGCAUUACGGCACACCUUUUUCAAUACAAUCAGAGAACUUGGAUGUGAAGAACUCACUGUUAGGUGGUUAACCGUGCUUUCUGAAGAUGGCAAAACUAUACAUGGUUUUGAAAAGGUAUUUCUCGAGAUAUUUGCAUAG